CAAUCGAUUUAAAUUUUCCGAGGUCGAUUUAUGUUUUUUCUGAGGUCGACCGGAUCUGUUUUGCACUCAAUUGGUACGAGGAUUUGGCCCAUUUUAGACUCGUUUCAAUUUAGCCGAGGUCGACCUAUGAUGCUUCUGAGGUCGACCUAUGAAGGCAAAAGUUGGAGUUGUGCAAUUCUUUGAAUUAUUUGUGCGAAACUAACACUGGUCGACCUCUUCUAAUUAUGAGGUCGAUCGGAUCUGUUUUGCACUCAGUUGGUACGAGGAUUUGGCCCAUUUUAGACUCGUUUCAAUUUAGCCGAGGUCGACCUAUGAUGCUUCUGAGGUCGACCGAUGAAGGCAAAAGUUUGAGUUGUGCAAUUGUCUUUGAAUUAAUUGUGUGAAACUAACACUGGUCGACCUCUUCUAAUUAUGAGGUCGACCGGAUCUGUUUUGCACUCAAUUGGUACGAGGAUUUGGGCCAUUUUAGACUCGUUUCAAUUAAGCCGAGGUCGACCUAUGAUGCUUCUGAGGUCGACCGAUGAAGGCAAAAAUUCGUGUAUGUCGACCCAUUCCCGUUUUAAAUUAACUGAGGUCGACCUAUGAUUUUUCUGAGGUCGACCCAUUCUCGUUUUAAACUAACUGAGGUCGACCGCUUUAUGGAGUGGUCGACCGCGUAUUGUUCAUUUCGAAAAUGUGACUAACGUGUAUUCUUGCUUGUUUGAUCGCAGGAUGUUUGGCGGCAAAAAGAAAAGAAAGGCACAAAAAGCUGCUGCCUCAAGUUCGGAAUAGGAAGAGUUCAAUCCCAAUCUGUUCCAGACCAAGGAGCAAAGUGAGAACUAUGAAGAGAAGAGAAUGCACAACCGCAGGGUGGCUCCGGGAAGGCCAUUGACGACGGAUGCGUAUUCUCAUUUCGAGAAUUACGGGUUUCUGGGACCCUUCAUCGAGCAAGAGUGGCUGAAGGUGAUAUCUCUCAAUGUACCAUACUACCCAAAACUGGUACAGUACUUCUACAACAACAUCGUCUACGAGCGCAAUGCAAAUGGAUCCAUUCACGCAUUCAAAUCCUAUGUGAAUGGGGUGGCGAUGCGCAUCAGCAAGAAUGUGUUGGCGCAAGUACUUCAGGCUCCAAACAAGGGGAAGAGAAUCAAUUCUUACGGUGCUUGGAAUGAAACGCAUUUCACAAGAGCCAAGCAAAUCCAGACGGUAUGUGGUCUUGAUGAAGAGGAAGAUGCUCAGGGGCGCAAUAGGCCAUCGAGUAACCACCUGACAGUUCAAGCCAGAGUUCUUCGCCACAUGCUUUCCUACAACAUUCUGCCAAAGGGUGGACAUCGGGAGACAGUCACCUACUUCGACAUGGAGCUCCUCACCAACCUACUGUUAAGCGAGAAGGUGAACUUGCCAUACUUAAUCUUUAACCACAUGCUUACUGCUGCAGAGAGUUCAAACAGGAAUCUUCCCUAUGGGAUGAUCCUCACUGUGCUAUUUGAGCAUUUUAAUGUGAAUUUAAGUGAAGAGGUGGGGUUAAGAAUCUCAAGGCAGGAGUUCUAUACUGUUUCAUCUCUGAAAAAGAUGGGCUUUGAGCUGCGUAAUGGUGAGUAUGUCAGAGUAAACAAUGCUCAUGGUGGUGGUGGUGAUGAUGAUGAUGAUGAUGAUGAUGAUGAGGGUGAUGAAGGAGCUCGAGACGAGCCAAUGGGGGAGGCACAGAGUUCAACUCCACCGAUCACCUUACAGCGUGUGUGGGAGCGCAUGGAUGGCAUGUACGAGUACAUGGGCCAGAUGUCCACCCAGAUGACUGGCAUGCACGACUACAUGGGGCAAAUGACCGCCCAGAUGAGCACAAUGCAGGUGACCGUGAAUGAGAUGCGAGAUGAGUGGCGAUCUUUCAGCGGAAGAUACAUGCAUCCCACCACAUCCCACCACCAUCAUGCUAGCACCACCAAUGAAGAAAAUGUGGAUGAGAGAGAGGGGGGAGAUGAGUAGGAGAAAUGAGUUUUUAUAUUUUGUGUUUUAGUGGUCAAAACGAUUGUUGAGUGUUAUUCUGUUGUUUUUUUAGUUUUAUUUUUAUGUGUGAACAAUUAUGAUUUCUGUUUUAUUUUUAGUUGUUAUGCUAUGAAUUGAUGAGUCCUUGUUAUAAUUAUGACUAAUUAUGAUGGUUUGAAACAUAAUUUAUACGAUUAAAAGAACCACACAAAUCGACAUACAUAAGCAAAAAAGACACGGGGCAUAGGGUGACUUUCUUGUCUUCGGUUGACCUCGUAACGGAUUAGGUCGACCGCGAAACCAACACUUGAUCUUGAUUUUACGUCAAUUAAUUGGACACUUUGAU